CGGCUACGCGUCUGCGUGGCUUCCAGGAGCGGCCGUUGUAAAUUUCACCUCCUUGCUGCCCUUCUCGCCCAGUCGCCGCGCUGUGUGCCCCUGCUCCCCGUGCCUCAGGGUCCGCCGUGUUCCGACCGCUGCUAGGCUCCCCCCAGGGCUUCCUGGGCCUCCCAGCCCCGAAGCUUGACGCUGCCCCCGGGGUUUGGGUGUGCGGUCUGGACCACGCGAGAGCCUUGAGACUGAAGUCCAUCCAGUUUGAGAGCCAUAGACAUCUUGGACAAUUUCAGUCAUUAAUAAAGAAGUGUACCGUUCAGAAAUAGUGGGAUAUUUUUAAGAGUUGGAAGGCUUAUCAUGAAUGUAAACACUUCAAACAGCGCUACUAGUGAUACUCAAAGGUUGAAGAAUACCUCCUCAGAUGUAAAACAAAUGAUUAAAAAUGAAACAGACUUGGAUAUUACUGCUGAUCUUAGAAAGAAGCUCCAUCGGGCAAAGAAAGAAAAAUUAGAAAUGACAACUAAGCACAAUGCAGAGCUGUCAAGCUAUGAAAGCCAGAUUGCCAAGCUACGGUCUGAGGUUGAAAAGGGAGAAGCACUGCGACAAAGUCUGGAGUAUGACUUGGCUGUUGCUAGAAAGGAAGCUGGUCUCGGAAGACGGGCUGCUGAAGAAAGGUUAGCGGAGGCACAGAGGAUCCAAGAAGACCUCUACACGCAGAAUUCGGAACUUCAAGGAAAAGCAAAUGAGAUUGAGAAAAUAUUUCAGACUUCCCAGCAUAAAUGGAAAGAAGAAUGCAGGAGAUUUGAACACGACUUGGAGGAAAGAGAUAACAUAAUUCAAAAUUGUAAUCGAGGGUAUGAUUUACUUAUGAAGGAAAAAAGCAGACUAGAAAAAACCCUACAGGACGUGCUGGAAAAACAUCAGCUGGAGAAGACUGGGAUGGAGUCACGUAUCAGAGAGACAGCCCUGGAAGAGUUCCGAUUGCAAGCAGAACAGUGGGAUGUAGAAAGAAGAGAGUUACAGUUUAUAGUACAGGAGCAAGACAGUGCUGUACAAACAAUGCACAAGAAAGUAGAACAGUUAGAGAGAGAACAUACGGAGUGCUCUGACCUUCUACAAAGACAAACAAGCGAGCUUGAACUUAGUACUCAACGAGAAGAACGUCUCAGAAAAGAAUUUGAGGCAACUACCCUAAGAGUGAGGAAACUGGAAGAAAACAUUGAAGCAGAAAGAGCAGCACAUUUGGAAUCAAAAUUUAAUUCUGAAAUUAUUCAGUUACGGAUUCGAGACCUCGAAGGAGCUUUGCAGGUAGAAAAGGCUAGCCAAGCAGAAGCUGUUGCUGACUUGGAAAUGAUCAAGAAUGAAUUCAAGGAAGUUGAAAGUGCAUAUGAACGAGAAAAGCUUAACGCACAAGACAGUUUUGCCAAACUAAAUUUGUUAGAAAAAGAGUAUGUCUCCAAAAACAAGAAACUAAAUGAAGAGAUCGAGGAACAGAAGAAAGUAAUUAUAGACCUUUCAAAGAGACUUCAGUAUAAUGAAAAAAGCUGCAGUGAAUUACAGGAAGAACUUGUAAUGGCUAAGAAGCACCAGGCCUUCCUAGUAGAGACGUGUGAAAAUAAUGUGAAAGAGUUAGAGUCGAUCUUGGACAGCUUUACUGUGCCGGCCCAGUGGACAUCAGGCAUCCACAAGGACAAAGACAAACCUCCCAGCUUCUCUGUUGUCCUUGAGACUUUGAGGCGUACCUUGACAGAUUACCAGAGCAAGCUGGAAGAUGCGUCUAAUGAGCUAAACAACAUGAAUGAUGCUAAGGAAAAGGCAUCUAGUGAACUUGAUUCUACCAAACUGAAGAUUGAAUUGCAUACUAAAAAUAUAAAGGAGCUUCAAGACAAACUGGCUGAAGCCUGUAAAGAGCUAAGUCACUUACGCACGCAGUGUGCAGACCGGGAGGCUUUGGUGAGCACUUUAAAAGUAGAGCUGCAGCGUGUGCUGCGCUGCUGGGAGGAGGAGAAGUCCCGCGCCGCCCAGCGGGACAGCGAGCUGCAGAGGCUUUCCCAGGCCUUCCGCAAGGACACUGAGGAGAAGCUAACCUUCCUUCAUACUCUCUAUCAGCACUUGGUAGCAGGCUGUGUGCUCAUGAAACAACCAGAAGGCAUGUUGGAUAAAUUCUCUUGGCUUGAGCUUUGUGCGGUCUUGCAGGAGAAUGUUGAUGCCCUCAUUGCAGACCUCAGCAGGGCUAAUGAGAAGGUCAGCCAUCUAGAGUAUAUCUGUAAGAACAAGUCAGAUACAAUGAGAGAGCUUCAACAGACCCAGGAAGAUACCUUCACCAAAGUGGCAGAACAGAUCAAAGCCCAGGAGAGCUGCUGGCACAAGCAAAAGAAGGAACUGGAACUGCAGUAUUCUGAACUUUUGCUGGAGGUGCAGAAGAGGGCACAGAAAUUUCAAGAAAUUGCAGAAAAAAAUAUGGACAAAUUGAACUGUAUUGAGAAGUCACAUGAACAGUUGAUUCGUGAAAAUUCUCAUUUCAAAACUGUGUUGUCUAAGAUUCAAAGGGAACAGACAUCCCUGCUGGCAGCCUGUGCGUUGCUGGCUGGUGCGCUCUAUCCCCUGUAUGGCAGAGCGUGUGCCUUAUCUACCCAGAGAGACUUUCUCCAGGAGCAGGUCAACACAUUUGAAUUGUUUAAACUGGAAAUUAGGACUUUAGCCCAAGCGUUGUCAGCAGUAGAGGAAAAGAAGCAAGAAGAAGCCAAGAUGAAGAAAAAGCCGUUCAAAGGACUCAUCCGUGUGUUCCGGAAAGGUGUCAUCGCAAUUUUGGCCGCCAACAGACUCAAGAUUUUGGGCCAGUCAUGUGCCUCUCUUUUUACUUGGAUGGAAAGUUUCAAAGAAGGCAUAGGCAUGUUAGUGUGUACAGGAGAGCCCAAAGACAAGCAUAAAUUUCCAAGGCAUCAGAAGGAGCAGGUCCGCUGCUCGCAGGCCCUGAGCUGGCUCACCAGCGCCGACCUGCUGGCCGCGGUGAUCAGCUCCACGGCUGAGCUGCAGGAAGUCAUUAGCAAAACAGAUCCAAACUCCAGAAUUUGUGGCCAUUUACUCCUAAGUGCAGCCAAAAAUUCAUUUGCAAAACUCAUGGAUAAAAUUAGUCUGGCAAUGGAAAGUAUGCCUCUGCAUAGUAGCAGGAGUAUUACCUAUUUAGAGAAAGAUUCUUUGGUCCAGAGGUUGGCCCGUGGGCUUCAUAAGGUGAACACACUGGCCCUGAAAUGCGGUUUGCGUGGCCAUGUGCCCAUUAUGAAACUGAUCACCCACGAGAAGUUUGAAAGUGCAUGUGAAGAACUAAAUAAUGCAUUACUUCGGGAACAGCAGGCACAAAUACUGUUGAAUGAACAGGCACAGCAGCUACAGGAGUUAAAUUAUAGACUUGAAUUACACUCCACUGAGGAAGCUGAUAAGAACCAAACUCUUGGAGAAGCUGUAAAGAGUCUCUCCGAGGCAAAGAUGGAGCUGAGAAGGAAAGAUCAAUCUCUGCGUCAGCUCAAUAGACAUCUUACCCAGCUGGAGCAGGACAAGCGUCGGCUGGAGGAGAACAUCCGCGAUGCAGAGAGCGCCCUCCGCAUGGCAGCCAAGGACAAAGAAUGCGUUGCUGAUCAUAUGAGAACAGUAGAACGUGUGCUUCAUAAGGUCAGAGAUCAGAUCUCCCUGUCACGGAGUGCAGCAAGUAGGAAUGACUUCGCCCUGCAGCUACCCAGCCUGCACCUGGAGACCUUUGCAAUGGAGGGGCUCAAGGGCGGGCCAGAGGUUGUAGCGUGCCAGGCUAUGAUUAAAAGUUUCAUGGAUGUCUACCAGCUUGCAAGUGCUCGAAUUGCUACAUUAGAGAAGGAAAUAACGUCUCAUCGAAGUCACAUCGCCACCUUGAAGUCGGAGCUGCACACAGCUUGCUUACGUGAAAAUGAAAGUUUACAGUCAACAGGAUCACGGGACCACUCGAAUCGCCCCGUCCCUUCAAGAGCGGCGCUUCCUACUGACUCGGUCGUCGGUGUGGGGAGCUUUUUGCCACUGCAAGCUGAACUUGAUACAGUGCGCACGUUCUUAGAGGGGACAUUUGUACGGAGCACACCCCACUCUCUCGCGUCCUCGUCUCAGUCCUCCCCACUCGUGACGUCUGCUAAUGCUAACGGGCCAGCUCAGCCUGGACUAUGACUUCAUGACACAGAGGCGGACAAGGACUUAGCAGUAUAAUUAAAAUUGUUUGAAGGGGGAUUUUCUUUUCAGGUGAAUUUUGUUUUAGCACAGGUGGGGUGGAUUUUUGAAAAAUGGUACAAUAUCUUGAUAUGUAUGGGUAUCUCGGUCUCAAAUAACAAAAUAACCCACUUUUUCUCUCUAAGUUUUAUUUAUUAUCACAGUUCCUCAUUUUUAUGUAACAUAUUUUUAAAUGUUAAAGAAUGACACAUUUUGGGUAAUUUCCCUCAGACUUAAAAAAAUCAAUAAGCCAUUUUAGUCUCUAUCUAUCAAAGUUGUUUCAUACUUGUCUAUUUUAAGGCAGGACUGCAGUACUUUAAUAGGAUUGAGAGAGCUAUUUGAAAUGUAUGCCAAUGAUUCCUGUCAUUUCAUGGCAGCCCUGCCAUGGUUCACUGAGCCCCUCUUCUCUCUUGUCAGCUCGACUGAAGACAAGCAUUUAGUUGCAAACUUUAAGCAGGUUGUGCAAAACAGAAAUGAUGUGACUGCUUCUCCUCCUGCACAAUAAUGUCACUCCUGGUCAAUGUGAGAAGGUCACGUUGCUCCUUGUAAAGCUACAUGAUACCACUUGCCCAUUUGAACAAGUUAAGUUAACUGCUGAAUCUGGUCCCUGCAGGCGUUGAAAAUUCAUCCUUUUAUCAAGUCUGCAUCUGAUAAGAAAGGAGAGCAGUCGCACUGGGGAGAUUGCUGUGGUCCGUUCAGGCACUUUAUAAGGACAGUUCCCACACUAGUGUAGCAGGUAAUAUAUUUAGUAUAAACGAAAAAACUUCAAGGUAAUGGCUGCUCUGACCUUCAAAAUAGACUCCUUUUUUGUUGUUGUUGGUAGGACCCAAGAGUGACGCCCGUCUUUGAUGCUGACAGAAUUUAAAACAAGGCCAUUGCCCUGCAUUUUCUGCCUUGUAGCACGCAAAAGUAAAAUUGUAUGUCAGGGUGAGAUGUCGGGGAGCUGACAAGAUGCCCCAGUGACAUUUCAGCUAGAAAGAGCAAGUGUCUUGCAACCAAGUGGUCAAAUAUCAAAUAAUAGGUCAAGCAGGAAGGAGCUGAGUUCUAACCACAGAGAGGUUUCUGGUAACUUACUUGACAAGCUUUUGGGCGCUUUGUGGCUUGACAAAGUGAUGUUCUGUUGGGUAUCGCUAGACAGACUGUGCUUUAUCGCCUUCAGAAGAUCAGACAUUGACAUUGAUUAAACUCUUUAACCCUUAAAGGUUAAAUCCUUGCAGUUUGCAUCAUGGUAAGUGAAGAACAAAAGAAUAUUUGUAAUAUAUAUUAGUUUUUGUUUUAAUCAUUUCACUCCCCAGUGAUACUAACUUCUGAUGUAAACUGUAGAUUUUGACGAAGCAUUUUGUUACAAAAUCUAUAUUUUAUAUUGUUUUUCACUAUGGAGGUUUCCCAUUAUGGAUACAUUAAAAAUAACAAUAUAUGUUAUGGAGUCUGUUUAGUUUAUGGUGACAUGUGGCUCAGAUACAUCCUACUUCUGAGAAUUUUUAGUGGCCUUGAAAAGUGAAAUCUGUAUACUGUUUGUGUUGUUAGUCAAAUGACCCAAAUGGUUUAUGCUGUCUGAGUUAGCAUUCUAAUUCGUACUGUGUAGCACGAUACUGUACUUUAGACUGCUGAGCCUGUAUAAUUUUUGUGUGGAGCUGUUUGUGUGGAGUAAAAUUCUGUUUUGAACAAAAUUCUCUCAAUUCUUUCCUUAGAAUUCUUUUUAAUAUGCCUUGUAUAAUGUGAACAGUAUGAAACUCAAUUCAUUCUAAUACAGAGUGUACAUUCAUUGUUUUUAUACAGAUCAUAGGAUAAUUUCUACACAUUCUUCUGUCAUCCUGUACAGUGAUUAGACUCUCUCCACACAGAAAUUAAAAAGUAGUUUUUUGGUUUAUGUGUGAUCAUUGAGCUUCCAGUCUGGCAUUAUAGAAUAAGUGGUACUCUACGAAACUUAAUGUCUGUGUUUCUGUGUGUAUGUUUGUGUUAAAUCUAUUUCCAGAGUCUACUAAUUUAAGAGGAAUAAGCACCGUUGUAAAAUGUGCUUUGCAUAGACUUUGGUCUGUUUGCCUUAAUUUUACAGUCUGUUAAUGGGAUAACUACAAAAAUAAGUGUAAAUGUCUCCCAUAUAUGUGAGUACCUGAGCUUCCUGAUAGGCUUUACAAGUAAAUUCUGAACUAUAAAUUCAAAAAGAUGAUUAAAUCAAAUUGAAGCAUGCCACAUUCAUAAGCUGCUAGAUGCUAAAGGCCAUAGAAACUGAAGGAUGAGCCUCCUGAGCAGUCAUUAGCAUUCACUACCAAAUAUAGUAAUAUUUAUACCAUCGGCUCUUGCCCCAGAAGUCAGACCCAGCAGGAGGAGAAGAUUUAAUGACGUGUCCUAUGGAGAUCUGAGAGCUCUGGGCUGCGUCUGAGCACCUCAGUGACCAAUUGCUGCAUAUUUGAGACCCGAGAUGCAUUGGCAGGGACAGGUGCUCUAUCGGCUUCUGUAACUCCUUAAGAAUGAUGUACAGACUAGACACUUCUCAGGAGAGUUACUUCAAAUAUUUUUGUAGGGGAAAGGAAGUUUUGCUUUACACCUUGGUGUGUAGAUUUUCUUGCUAACUUCUGUGAUCUAGAAAAAUGCUUGUAUCAUGCAUCACUAUCAAAGGAAUUCUUAAAGUUAUUGUUCUGAUACUUAUGUCGCACUUAUUUAGUGAAGAUGCCAGUAUUUUUAAUGUAAAUGUUUUGGAAUGACAUAAUAUAAAUGCACAAAGAUUUAGGAAAUUGCAGGAAUUGUUAAUUCAAUAACUUAAUGAUUUAUGUUUUAAGAUGCUUAAAUAAUAGAAUGAUCACGUUACCAUUUUUAUCAAGUAUCUUGACUCUUAUUAAACUUAGGAACUAUUUUUUAUGUCACAUUUAUAAUAUAAGGUACUCUGGGAUGUUUAAUUAGAUCAUUAACUGUUUUCAUGUUACUUUACAGUUGCAUCUAAAUUCAUCCUAUAAAUCUUACUGAAUAAUACAUUGAUUCUGUUUCACUCUGCAUGCUUUAUAGACGUGUUUUCUAAUGUAGAAGUUGGAAGGUUGUUAACAUUUAUUCAGCAACUAUUAUAUUCCAGCCAGUAUAGCAAAACUCUGAUGCUCUUACAACAGAUACCUGGGAAAGGUAUUUGAAUCACCAUUUUAUAGAUGAAUAACUGAGAAGCUAAAAUAUUAAGCAUUUUACUUCCUAAGAUCACAUAUGAGCUCUAAUGUGUAAUCCCAAAGCCUAUAUUACUUUGGCAAGUCUGCCUUCCAGAAAAGAGUUAAAAGAAAAGAGUAUCCUGACUAGUCAGUAAUAAUUUUGAAAACUUUUAGGUUGAAAUCUAGAUUUCCUAUCCAUUGACUGGACAUAACAAAAUACAUAUUCUAAUGUACAUGUAACUGUUGGCUGAAAGAAUAGCUAGGUUUGUAUCUGUCUUUGACAAGAAUCAGAGUGCUCACUCCAUUGUGCAGUGUCGCUGGCUUGGCCUGAGACACCACAUAGAUAUUGUCAGAAAUAGACCUCUCGGCAUCUACUGAUGGCCUGCCAAAUACACCCGGUUGUCACUGCCACUAAAAUGAAGUAAUGACAUAGGCUCUGUGCAGCUAAUCAAAGUAAGAUUUAUUGAGCCACUUCUAGGAAAAAUUUGUAAAAUACACUUUUCUGGACCAGUGUAGUAGACUGAGGAAUGACCUCAAACGAUAAUUGUCUUAUAGGCUCUGGAGCCCGUGAGUGUCCCCCUUGUGGCCCAAGGGCGGGCAUUCUCCUGGAUUGCCUGUGUGGACCCAAGAUGUAAUAAAAGGUAUCAUCUUAAGAGAGGGAGACAGGGAUUGACUUGAGUACAGGGAGGAGAGGGGGGAUGUUGGAGGCAUACUCUGGGGCUGUGCUCUGAACAUGGAGAAGGGGCUGACUCUGAGGAACACAGGCAGCGCUCCAAGUUGAAGCAGACAAGGCAAUGGGGCCUUCUCUCUGAGGUUCCAGAACUUUCUGAGAAUAAAUUUGUGUUGUUAAAUCUCAAGUUUAUGGUAAUAGGAAACGAAUACAAUCAGUAAAUGUUUAGUGUUUCUUGAAAACAUGAUUACUAAUUUUAAAAUAUGAGUGAACAGUAAAAUUGUUCCUACUUAAAAAUA